AUGGCAUUAGCAUUUUCAUCAAAAGUGGAUCCAAGUGGAUUCCAACCUAGUCUUAUUGACUUGCCUGGUCCAGGUGGAAUUUGGCAAGGUCCACAUCCACCAUCCCUACAUAAUCAUCCAGGACGUUUUUCACUAAUGCCUCCACGUGAUUUGCAUUUUCCACCACAACAUAUGAGACAAUUUCGACCGUCAUUUCCUCCUCCGACUUCACCAGAAUAUCGUAUAUAUGAUUUAAAUAAACGUUUAUCCAUGAGAACAGAAGAUUGUGAUAGUCUUUGGUGGGAUUCAUUUGUAAAUGAAUUUUUUGAAGAUGAUGCAACAUUAUCAAUAUCAAUAUGUUUAGAAGAUGGACCAAAACGAUUUAAUAUUGAGCGUGUUUUAAUACCUCGAUUUUUUCGUACAUUAUUUGAAGGUGGUGUUAGUGAAGUUUAUUUUUUAUUAAAACAAUCAAAAGAAAUAUUUCAUAGUCCAACUAUAUCAAUUGAUUGUGAACAAGGAUCAUUAAUAACAUGUUUUGGAAAACCAUCAUUUAUUAAAGUCUGUACUGAAGGACAUUUUAAUAUUGAAUUUACAUUUGAUGAUUUAAUGCGUAUUAAAUCAUGGCAUUUUGCUAUAAAGCACCAUCGAGAACUAAUUCCACGAAGUGUUGUUGCCAUACCGACCGAUAGCCCAAUUUAUCUUGAUCAAUUAUCAAAAAAUCUCACUCGUAAUGGAUUAACCUCAUCAACGUUAAAUUUUCUCAGGUUAUGUGAAAUUCUUGAACCAAUGCAAGAAUUAAUGUCUCGUCAUAAAACUACAACAUUUUCUCCACGUGAUUGUUUAAAAACAAUUUUACAUCAACGUUGGUCAAAAACUUGUUCAGAUAAUCGACAAACAGCAAAACCAAGACGAAAACGAAAAUCUGCAGCAGUAAAUAAUACUAAUAUGCCGCCUACUAAAGAUUCCAAUAUAAAUAAUUGUACAACACCAACAAAAAAACGUUCACCUGCUAAUAAUGUUUAUCCUCAACCUUCAACACAAUCAAUAAAUAAUAUGCCAGGAGAUGUUAUGAUUGUUGGUGAACCAUCAUUAAUGGGUGGUGAAAUGGAUGAUGAAGAUGAACGUUAUAUAACACGACUUGAAAAUACACAAUAUGAUCCAAAUGCUCUAUCAUCACAAUAUCAUUCUCCAAUGCAUCAAAUGUCUCAAGGAUAUCAACAAAAUCCUAAUCUUCAAUCAUUACUUCAUCAUAAACAACAAUUUAUACCGAAUUCUUCUCAACUUUUAAAUCCAAAUCAAAUUAAACGAGAACAAUUAUCAUUUCCUGGAUCACCACAACAACAACAACAGCAACAACAAUUACCAUCAAUGUUUUCAAAUAAUCCACCACCAUUAACACCAAUUAAUGGUGAAUUAUCAAUUAGUGGAAAAAGAACUUCAGCUACAAAUAAUAAUUCUCCACAGGCACCUUCAGCCAAUAAUUAUAAUCAGAAUUGUUCAACUCCAGCUUCUUCAACUACGAAUGCUCCAAGCACUCCAAUAAAUUCCUCUUGGAAUGGUUCUGCUGCAAAUACUAAUAAUUAUUCUUCAUCAACAACUAAUCCAGGUAUAGCUGAGAAAAAACAAGAACCUCAUACACCACCAGUCACAUCACAACAAACAAUAAUAACAGCCUCAUAA